AAUCUCGAAAACAAACAUCAUGGCUAAAAUAGUUGAAUCGUUGAAAAGAUUAAGUGUUGAACAUAGCACGCACAAACAUGAUGACAAUCGAGUUAUUAAAAGGAAAAACGAAUUAAUAUCGUCGAUGGAAAAAGCAAUAUCUUUUGAUCAUUAUAUUCUUGCUUUUAGAAUUGGUACAGCUUUUUCUGACUAUACAUGUGUAAUAUAUUCUGUUGGGGAGAGUUUGAAUCAAACUGCUACAUUAACUCACAAUCAAGCACCUAUCGUUGGUAUUAAGUUUAGUCCUACUUCUAAAAAUAUUUUAUAUACAGCUACCAACAAUGGAGAAAUUACAGCAUGUGACCUGAGAGCUAAAGACAAAGUUGUUGCAAAGUUUAAAGAUAAUACAGAAGAUGGUAAAACAAAACCUCUCUGUAGUUUUGAUGUUAGCUGCGACGAAAAGCUUGUAGCAGGUGGUACUGAGCAUGUUGCAGGAGAUACAUUUAUUUUAUUUUGGGAUGCUCGAUAUACUAGUUCAAAAUUAGAUAAAAAUAAUCUCCUUGGUGGGUAUUGGGAAUCUCAUAUGGAAGAUGUAAUCUCGUUGGCAUUUCAUUCUAGUAAGCAGGAUGUCUUAGCAUCUGGUAGUACAGAUGGAUUGAUUAAUGUCUUCGAUCUCACACAGCCAUCAGAGGAUUCUGCAUUAACUUAUUCUUUAAACACAGAAUCAUCUGUGGAUAGGAUAGGUUGGUUAAGUGACGAUAAUCUUUGGUGCACUACACAUAAUUCACUACAACUUUGGGAUUAUGAUCAAGUAACUCCAUAUGCUAAAUUUGAUCGCAGUGAUAUAGCAAUUUUCCAGGGAAAAUUUGAGAUGUUUAAAUGUCGUAAAUAAUCGAUUAGAAACAUAUUAUAAUAUGAUAGAGAACAAACAAAUAGUACGUGAUAGCUGGUUGCACGAAAAGAGCGGUUCUUUGGUAACAGUAGGUGAAGGUGGACUUAUAAACAUUUGGAGGCCAAGUGAAACUAUACCUAUUCAGACAAAUUCUAGCCACAAAUUGGUGGCAAAAAUUGGUACUGGCAAAGUACGGGAUCGUCAACAUAGGACUAAGCCAUAU